UUCGAUAGACAACAGUCAAACAACUGGGGGCCACUGAAGAUUAUUAGUCUGAACUGAACCAUUAUUCCAAACCCUGAUAUUACAGCCCUUGUCACACAUUCUUCUUCACGGAUUAUGGAUCCCUUCAGCGUUACUGCCAGUGCUGUAGCCCUUGCGACUGCCGCGUUACAGAGCGCUAAGGCUCUUCACGACCUGGUUGAUGGACUCGCGGAUGCGCCACAUUCUGUUUCGCACAGCAAGAGCCUUCUUUCCCAGACCCAAACAAUGUUAGGAACUCUAGCGCGAACACUCGAAACGAAUUGUGCGCCUGACACAGUUGAUGCCGUUCUCAAGGAGAUAGAGCUUAACAAGGUGUUAGAGUCGACAAAGUCUAUUUGUCAAGGAUUCACAGCUGCCAUGGCAAGAGUUACCAGCCAUUCAACGGAUUCGCAUUUCAGCAAACGCGACAGACUCGUCGUAUACUUUAAAGACACAAAGAUAAAUAAACUAAACAGAGAUUUGGCGGACUGUCAAAGAACCAUCACGAUGGUUCUAUCUUCAAUCACGCUGAUUGUUUCGAGCCGCACCUCUGGGAAUAUCGAUCAGCUUCGGACUCAAUUUGCUACACAGGAGCAGGCUCUAGCCAAUCUGAGUGCACAACUAUCGAUAAGAGAACCAGAGCCACAAGCAGAUGACAACAGCAUAGCUGCUGAGGGAGACUCGAGCGCGCGGUUAACGGAUAGCCUUAGAGAUGUCUGCCAGAAGACUCUGUCGGCGACCCGCGCAUGGCGUACCGGUCAGAAGUUUGGUGAUAUGAAGACAGACGACCAUUCGAUUGCUAUGCAAGGGAUAGUCGGCGUGGCACAGCCAGGCGUGGACCAGUCGUUUGGCAGCCUAACGACCACGAAGAGUAGCCGUGCAUUUCAAGGGCAAAUGGAUGCAGGCUCUUUUAGCAACCUCUUCAGCAAAUGAUGUUGGUUUUCCUUCGUAACUGGAAACUGCAGUUAGCCACGGUCUUAAGAAGUUUUCUUCUUACUAUCAUCUCCUUGCAUUUAGCCCCAUCUCAAUACACA